AUGCACUUGACACCACUUCUUGUUACUCUUGCUGCUGUGGGAGCCCACGCUGCCCCGGCUCCAGCCCCGGCUCCAGCCCCGGCGCCAGCCCCGGCCCCUGAGCCAUGGUGCUGGCGACCCGGUGAACCCUGCUGGAAAGUAAAGAGAGCAGCCGACGCCUUUGCCGAGUCGAUAAAAACUUCUGGCCUUCUCAAGGCCCGUACGCCUGAGUCGUCCUUCAGCAACGCACCUGGAGGUGCCGCCUACGCUGCGAAGCGUUCAGUCAACGAGCUUGCGCAUCUCACCGCCUUGACGACCAGAAACCCUGACGAGUACUACAGGAGCCUGGAGCUUGAGGCAAGAUUCGCUCCCGACAAUGGCCAACAUGAGAAGCGAGGCCCGUCGCCCUGGUGCGACCGGCCCGGAGAGCCAUGCUGGAAGAGAGACCCUACCAGCGACCCUGCCAAUGUCAAGGACAAGCGCUGGUGCGACCGCCCAGGGGAGCCAUGCUGGAAGGUCAAGAGAGCAGCUGAAGCUGUUUUGAAGGAAGUCCGAAGCGAGAAAGACAAGCGGUGGUGCGAUCGUCCCGGGCAACCAUGCUGGAAAGUCAAGAGAGAAGCCGCUGAGGAAGGCGGCGAUGCCAAGGGCCAACCAGACCAUCUCCCCUUCCAUCCAGGCCACUAUCCUCCCGAGUGCGGCAGCGAAAGCAUCGUGUGCUUGAAGAAGCGCGAGGCGAAUCCGGAGCCAUGGUGCUGGCGUCCGGGUCAGCCGUGCUGGAAGGCCAAGCGUGACCUCGACGCUCUCGAACUGGCUGCGCGAAGCAUUGUUGAGAGCUGA